AAGCUGGAGACCAUCUGCAGCCUGGAGCCUCACUACACCUCUCAUUUGAUCCCUCCAUCUGUGUGUGUCUGGUCUGGUCUAGUGUAACAUCAGUGUGAGUGAGUCUGUCUCAUUGUCUCAUAGAAACAUGAUGAGUGUCAUGAGAUGCUGUGUGGCAUCUCUGCAGCCCUGUGCUGCUUUAAUAGAUUAAAGGUCUAGAUGAGAGGAAAGGAAGAGGAGAGGAAGAAGAGAGGAGGAGAACAGGAAGAGAAGACAUUGAGGAGGGUGAGGUGAGGACAAGGUUGCUCCGGAGAGUGAAAGGGAGGUGGAAUAGGAGAUUGAGGGAUGGAGAGGGGGAAAGAGGGAGAGAGGGAGAUGUGCAAUAGGAGCUGGGUUGUCUCCCGAGUGGCGCAGUGGUCUAAGGCACUAGCUGUGCCACUAGAGAUCCUGGUUCGAAUCCAGGCUCUGUCGUAGCUGGCCGCGACCGGGAGACCCAUGGGGCGGCGCACAAUUGGCCCAGCGUCGUCCAGGGUAGGGAAUGGCCGGCAGGGAUGUAGCUCAGUUGGUAGACCAUGGUGUUUGCAACGCCAGGGUUGUGGGUUCGAUUCCCACGGGGGGCCAGUAUGAAAAAUAAAAUAAUGUAUGCACUCACUAACUGUAAGUCACUCUGGAUAAGAGCGUCUGCUAAAUGACUAAAAAUGUAAAUGUAAAUGUUGUCUUCCCUGCCAGGGGCUGGGACCAGAGAUGAAGGAAGCUCUUUGUAUGGCUGGGAGAGGCACAUCUCUGCUCUGCUAUUGGUCCGAAGUAAUGUAGGAACCAGUCAGAGACCCAACCAUCUUACAUCCUCUUCAACAAUGCAAUUUACAUAUCCAUCUAUUCUAUCUCUCUCUUUCUCUCUCCCUCCUGUUCCUCUUACACUCUCUUUCUCUUCUCUUCUCUGUCUCUGUCCCUGAUGAGUAUCAUCUAGACACACAGUGCAGUCUGAUAGCUGGGUGUAACCUAAGAUACUGUAAGAUGUAAGGUGUGUGUGUAAGGUAAGAUAGGUUUUAAGGUAAGUGACAGAGAUAUACCAGUGAAACAGACCAUUAUGGUGUUCAGUUACAUACUAACAUCACAACACAGAGACACAUGUUGUCAUAGGAAGGUUUGUUAUUGACUCUCAUCAAGUCACACCUGCUACUAUCCCCAAAAAAUGUGAUAGAAAGUUGUUUUGGAGAUUUUUGUUUUAAGCCUAUCCCAAACCUUAAUCCUUAUCUUAACCAUUUGGAGUUAAUGCCUAACCUUAAGAUUUCGGAGUUAGUACCUAAACUUAACCCUUUAAAAUUCAUUCCUCAACUUAACCUUAAACACUUUGAAAUUUGACGUUUGGAACUACUUCGAAAUUUGACGUUUGAGAAACAUGGAUGAACAUCUAACUCUGGUGUGAGACUGUGAGAGCUAGUUGAACACACACCCAGGCCCCUGACACCUAACUGGUAAUGGCCCUUCUCUCUCUCUCUCUCUCUCUCUCUCUCUCUCUCUCUCUCUCUCUCUCUCUCUCUCUCUCUCUCUCUUUCCUAAUGAAUAUUAUAUUUACUGUAUGUUGCAUGCACACAUGUGUGUGUGUACCUUGUGUGGGGUUCUUUGCUAGUUAGCACAAUAAUAGCUGCUAUCAGGGUUAGGACUACUAGGACUACUGAGACUGUGGUCUUAUUCUGUCGAAAUCCCACUUAGCCAGGUGAAUGAAAUGAAGUUAAAACUGUUUGUAUAUCUUAUCGUCCAUGCACCAGUAGACAAAGGAAGCUGUCCGUGAGGCUGUGUUUACCCAGGAAGGGCCUGACUAAUGGCUGACUCACUGUGUCUCUGUGACCCCUGCUCUGGAAAUUCUGGGUCAGACUGGAGCAACACUAGCUACAAAACAGGUGUUCCACUGGUCUGCUUUUAAAAACGGACACACACACACACACACAGAGACAGAAAGACACAGACACACACACACAGACAGACACAGACAGACAGACAGACAGACAGACAGACAGACAGACAGACAGACAGACACAGACACACACACAGACAGACACAGACACACACACACACAGACACACAAACACACACACACGCAGGUGUUCCCUGGCUGAGAGAUGUGUGAGCCAUGUAGUGUUUGAGGGAAUGGAGAGAGGGAGGGAAAGAAGGAUGGAGGUGUGGAAAGAAGUGGAAAUGAGGAAGGAAUGAGAGGUGUGAAGGUGAAGAAAGGGUGGACAUUUGAAAACAGAUUGUUGUGUGUGUGUCAGUUUCAGCCUCCCAAGUCUCAGCUGUGGAUGUAAUUUAUUUAAUUAAUUAGUAUGAAAUAUGAAAUUAGCUUGAUUAAUGUGUGUGUGUGUGUCAGUUUCAGCCUCCCCUGCUCUCCAGUCUCAGCUGUGGAUGUAAAUGAUUAAAUACAUUUGUAUGAAAUUAGCUUGAUGAAUUGGGUCAUGUGCGUGUGUGUGUGUGAAUGUGUGUGUGUGUGUGCGUGUGUGUGUUAAGUACAAGAUAUGAAAUUAGUCUUGAUGAAUAGCACCAUAUGUUAGCACAUGAGAGCUGUAAUUGAAUCAAGUAACAUUUGUAUCUGUUGCUGCCAUGACAGUCAAGCCCCAGAGCUCAAGACAGUCUAGAGCCUUCACAUGCUUACUCCCAAAUUACAGUUCUGUUUUUACACCUCAGAAAUAGACUAAUGUCAAGAAGAUUAUCCCCAUCCUGUCAUGUUGCGUAGAUCCAGCUAUGUGCCUCAUUCCCAGAAGAAGUGAACAGAUAGUCCUCAGAGCAGCAGAGCAGAGUUAACAGGAAACUGCAGAUAUAAUCUAAUCACAGGAGGUUGGUGGCACCUUAAUUGGGGAGGACAGGCUCAUGGUAAUGGCUGGAGCAGUUUCUGCUCCGUUCCAGACAUUAUUAUGAGCCGUCCUCCCCUCAGCAGCCUCCACUGAAUCUAAUAUCAGUGUCUGGUUAAUGAGGAUAAUUUAUUCUGGCCACGUCUGAUGAGGAGUAUAGUAGUCAGUGUGUGUGUGUGUGUCUUUGUGUGUGUGUGUGUGUGUGUGUGUGUGUGUGUCUUUGUCUGUGUGUGUGUGUGUCUUUGUGUGUGUCUGUGUGUGUGUGUGCGUGUGUAACUGAUGUGAAAUGGCUAGCUAGUUAGUGUUGCGCCCUAGUAGCGUUUCAAUCGGCGACGUCACUCGCUCUGAGACCUUGAAGUAGUUGUUUCCCUUGCUUGUGGAGCGAUAGAUAACGAUGCUUCGCGGGAGGCAGUUGUUGAUGUGUUCAGAUGGUCCCUGGUUCGAGCCCAGGUUAGGGCGAGGAGAGAGACAGAAGUAAGACUGUUACGUGUGUGUGUGCUGGCAGACUUUAUUACUGCUCAUUACGACAGCACAGCUCUGCCUGGUAUUGUAAGGAGUGUGUGUAUGUCUGAUGUGUGUAUGGUAUUGGAAGGAGUGUGUGUAUCAAAUCAGAUCCAAUUUUAUUUGUCACAUGCGCCGAAUACAACAGGUCUUGACAUUACCGUGAAUCGCUUACUUAUGAGCCUUUUCCCAACAAUGCAGAGUUAAAAAGUAAGAAAAAUUAGCAAAAUAGGAAAUAGUAACACAAUAAAAUAACAAUAACGAGGCUAUAUACAAGGAGUACCGGUACUGAGUCAAUGUGCUGGGGGUACGAGGUAGUUGAGGUAAUUGAGGUAAUAUGUACAUGUAGUGUGUUUGUGUUGGUGUGUGUGUGUGUGUGUGUGUGUGUGUGUGUGUGUGCAUGUGCGUGUGCGUGUGUGUGAGUAGAGUCCAGCGUGUGUGCACAGAGCCAGUGUAAGAGAGUCAGUGCAAAAAAUGUGAUUAACUGUUCAGCAAUCUUAUGGCUUGGGGGUAGAAGCUGUUCAGGAGCCUUUUGGUUCCAGACUUGGCACUCCGGUACCGCUUGCUGUGCGGUUGCAGAGAGAACAGUCUAUGACUUGGGUGGCUGAAGUCUUUGGCAAUUUUUAGGACCUUCCUCUGACACCGCCUGAUAUAGAAGUCCUGGAUGGCAGGGAGCUUGGACCCCCUGAGCUGUACACACUACCCUCUGUAGCGCCUUACAGUCGGCUGCCAAGCAGUUGCCAUACCAAGCAGUGAUGCAGCCAGUCAAGAUGCUCUCAGUGGUGCAGCUGUAGAACUUUUUGAGGAUCUGAGGGCCCAUGCAAAAUCUUUUCAGCCUCCUGAGGGGGAAGAGGCGUGGUUGUGCCCUCUUCACAACUGUUUUGGUGUGUUUGAACCAUGAUAGUUCCUUAGUGAUGUGGACACCGAGGAACUUGAUGCUCUCAACCCGCCCCACUACAGCCCCGUCAAUGUGAAUGGGGGCAUGCUCUGUCAUCCAUUUCCUGUAGUCCACAAUCAGCUUCUUUGUCUUGCUGACGUUGAGGGAGAGGUUAUUGUCCUAGCACUACACUGCCAGGUCUCUGACCUCCUCCCUAUAGGCUGUCUCAUCAUUGUCGGUGAUCAAUCUUACCACUGUCAUGUCGUCGGCAAACUUAAUGAUGGUGUUAGAGUUGUGCGUGGCCACGCAGUCUUGGGGGAAUAAGGAGUACAGGAGGGGACUAAGCACAAACCACUGAGGGGCCCCAGCUCACCACCUGGGGACUGCCCGUCAGGAAGUCCAGGAUCCAGUUGCUGAGGGAGGUGUUCAGUCCCAGGGUCCUUAGUUUAGUAAUGAGCUUGGAGAGCACUACGGUGUUGAACGCUGAGCUGUAGUCAAUUAACAGCAUUCUCACGUAGGCGUUUCUUUUGUCCUGGUGGGAAAGGGUAGUGUGGAGUGCAAUAGAGAUUGCGUCAUCUGUGGAUCUGUUGGGGCGGUAUGCGAAUUAGAGUGGAUCCAUGGUGUCUGGGAUGAUGGUGUUGAUGUGAGCCAUGACAGCCUUUCAAAGCAUUUCAUGGCUACAGAUGUGAGUGCUACAGGGCGAUAGUCAUUUAAACAGGUUACCUUGGUGUUCUUGGGCACAGGGACUAUGGUGGUCUGCUUGAAACAUGUUGGUAUUACAGACUGGGUCAGGGAGAGGUUGAAAAUGUCAGUGAAGACACUUGCCAGCUGGUCAGCGCAUGCUCUGAGUAUGCAUCCUGGUAAUCCGUCUGCAGCCUUGUGAAUGUUAACUUGUUUCAAAGUCUUACUCACAUUGGCUAAGGAGAGCGUGAUCACACAGUCGUCCGGAACAGCUGGUGCUCUCAUGCAUGGUUCAGUGUUACUUGCCUCGAAGCGAGGAUAGAAGGCAUUUAGCUCAUCUGGUAGGCUCGCGUCACUGGGCAGCUUGCAGCUGGGUUUCCCUUUGAAAUCCGUGACCAGUGCGUCAGAGCCGGUGUAGUAGGAUUCAAUGUUAGUCCUGUAUUGACACACACAACACACACCAACCUAUAACACACCAAACUAUAACAUACCAACUUAUACCACCCCCCAAACAUACAGUUGAAGUCGGAAGUUUACAUACACCUUAGCCAAAUACAUUUAAACUCAGUUUUUCACAAUUCCUGACAUUUAAUCCUAGUAACAAUUCCCUGUCUUAGGUCAGUUAGGAUCACCACUUUAUUUUAAGAAUGUGAAAUGUCAGAAUAAUAGUAGAGAGAAUUAUUUAUUUCAGCUUUUAUUUCUUUCAUCACAUUCCUAGUGGGUCAGAAGUUUACAUACAUUCAAUUAGUAUUUGGCAGCAUUGCCUUUAAAUUGUUUAACUUGGUUAAAUGUUUCAGGUAGCCUUCCACAAGCUUCCCACAAUAAGUUGGGUGAAUUUUGGCCCAUUCCUCCUUACAGAGCUGGUGUAACUGAGUCAGGUUUGUAGGCCUCCUUGCUCGCACACGCUUUUUCAGUUCUGCCCACAAAUUUUCUAUAGGAUUGAGGUCAGGGCUUUAUGAUGGCCACUCCAAUACCUUGACUUUGUUGUCCUUAAGCCAUUUUGCCACAACUCUGGAAGUAUGCUUGGGGUCAUUGUCCAUUUGGAAGACCCAUUUGCGACCAAGCUUUAACUUCCUGACUGAUGUCUUGAGAUGUUGCUUCAAUAUAUUCACAUAAAUUUCCUUCCUCAUGAUGCCAUCUAUUUUGUGAAGUGCACCAGUCCCUCCUGCAGCAAAGCACCCCCACAGCAUGAUGCUGCCACCCCCGUUCUUCACGGUUGGGAUGGUGUUCUUCGGCUUGCAAGGUACCCCCUUUUUUCUCCAAACAUAAUGAUGGUCAUUAUGACCAAACAGUUCUAUUUUUGUUUCAUCAGACCAGAGGACAUUUCUCCAAAAAGUACGAUCUUUAUCCCCAUGUGCAGAUGCAAACCGUAGUCUGGCUUUUUUAUGGCAGUUUUGGAGCAGUGGCUUCUUCCUUGCUGAGCGGCCUUUCAGGUUAUGUCGAUGUAGGACUCGUUUUACUGUGGAUAUAGAUACUUUUGUACCUGUUUCCUCCAGCAUCUACACAAGGUUCUUUGCUGUUGUUCUGGGAUUGAUUUGCACUUUUCGCACCAAAGUACGUUCAUCUCUAGGAGACAGAAAGCGUCUCCUUCCUGAGCUGUAUGACAGCUGUGUGGUCCCAUGGUGUUUAUACUUGCGUACUAUUGUUCCUACAGAUGAAUGUGGUACCUUCAGGCAUUUGGAAAUUGCUCCCAAGGAUGAACCAGACUUGUGGAGGUCUACAUUUUUUUUCUGAGGUCUUGGCUGAUUUAUUUUUAUUUUCCCAUGAUGUCAAGCAAAGAGGCACUGAGUUUGAAGAUAGGCCUUGAAAUACAUCCACAGGUACACCUCCAAUUGACUCAAAUGAUGUCAAUUAGCCUAUCAGAAGCUUCUAAAGCCAUGACAUCAUUUUCUGGAAUUUUCCAAGCUGUUUAAAGGCACAGUCAACUUAGUGUAUGUAAACUUCUGACCCACUGGAAUUGUGAUACAGUGAAUUAUAAGUGAAAUAAUCUGUCUGUAAACAAAUGUUGGAAAAAUUACUUGUGUCAUGCACAAAGUAGAUGUCCUAACCGACUUGCCAAAACUAUAGUUUGUUGACAAAAAAUGUGUGGAAUGGUUGGAAAAUGAGUUUUAAUGACUCCAACCUAAGUGUAUGUAAACUUCCGACUUCAACUGUAACACACACCAACCAAAACAACACACACCAACCUAUAACACACACCAACCUAUAACACACACCAAACAUAACACACACCAACCUAUAACACACACCAAAUAUAACACACACCAACCUAUAACACACACCAUCCUAAAGCACACACCAACCUAAAGCACACCAACCACUGAGCAGCUCUUUUCCAUACUCCGGCAAGCACAUGCACGCACGCACUCACACCCAUACGCGCACACAACCAUACGCACACACCCUUGCGCACACCCCCAUAUGCAUGCAUAUAUACAUACACACACACACACACACACACACACACACACACACACACACAGUGUGACCACACUGAGCAGCAGUGAUGUUAAUGUGAACAGUGAUUCCCACUGGUGUCUAACUGUUCGUAACACCUGGCACAUUCUGGCUGGACUAAGGGAGAGGAUUAACAGCCACACACACACACACGCAAACACACACUUUCUCGUCACAAACCAGCCCACACAGACACACACUCCCUAUCCGUCUGGAAGCAGACAAACAGAAGAGAGGGAGGGAGAGAGAGAGAGAGAGGGGUGGGGGGGAUAGAGAGAGACGGAGAGAGAGAGAGCGGGAGAAAGAGAGCGAGAGAGGGGGGGGGGGGGGAAAGAGAGAGAGAGAGAGAGAGAGAGCGAGAGAGAGAGAGCGGUGAGAGGGAGAAUCAUAAAAGAGAGAAAACAGUUGGAGGGAAUUAGAUUUUUUGCAAAACAUGUUUCAUAUGCAGGCUCAGCAUUCCAGACAUCAACAAUGGAAAUGAGAUGCUGUGAAGGUGUGUAACAAUAAGGGUUGGGGUGUAAUAUUCUCCUCUGAGCUAGUCUCCAUAAUAAAGCUGUUUGGGUCUCAGUGGGACUCCAACACCCACGAUGCCUCUGUCUCUGUCUCACCUGUCAGGAGAUGAAAGACAUAGUACAACUGGCUACGGCAUUAAAAUACGCUGAACUGCUGUGGGACACACAGUGUCGCUGUGAAGCAGUGAAACCUGAGACAGACUCACAGGAAGUGGACCAUGAGGCAGAGAGAGGGGUCAUAAAUGUGUAUAUUAAAAGUGUCGGUUUGAGCACGUUUCGCUACAAUAGCGUUGUCAUAAUCAUGAGGGCUUGUAAAACUUCACAUUGUCUGUAGGUCUUUGUCUUACUUCUGGAAAUGAAACGUUUUUCAAGCUAACAACAGCAAUAGACGUUGAUAGCCUACUGAUAAGAUGAUAAACAAUGACUUUAAAUGCCUUAUUGCGUCAAUAAAUCAUGUUUUCAAAAUAACAUGCACUGUUUCACUAUUCCUCUCACUCUCUCGCUCUCUCUCUUUCUCUCUCUCGCUCUCUUUCUCUCUCUCUCGCUCUCUUUCUCUCUCUCGCUCUCUUUCUCUCUCUCCCGGGAAGCCAAGAGGCGGGGCCGGUCCUGCUCUCUCAGAGGAGGGUUUUGCGCCAACGGUCUGGUUCAUUCGCUAUCCAAAGAGAUUUUUGUGUAUGGGAGGUCAUGAGAGUGUCGAAUUUGGUCAGCAAAAAUUUGAAUGGCUUAUUUGAUACGUUAGGCUUAUUUAAUUGAAUAAAAAUGUCGUAAUACUUAGGUUAUUACGAGUUUACUGAUAUAAGUAGGACACGUGACAUCCCGGCAACUUUGAUAAAAAACACUUUAUAUCGGAGUUGUGCCCGUUGUUCACACUCGUAUCUGCCCUCUCAUUGGCUAGAAUGGUCCCAACUGAUCUUGCCUCCUCCCGACUGCCUUCCAUUUUUAAAGACGCUUAUUUCCAUUGUUAGAGCGGCCACUUGAGUAUCUGGUCAAUAAUGGAUAAUCUGUGCUAUCCAUCUGUGAAAAGGCUAUAUGGACACUCCUGACCUGCAAACUGAUAUUUAAUUUCAGAAUUGGUGAAAAUUAGGUAAGGGUAAGGGUUAAGGUUAGGGUAAGGAUCAGUUUUAGAUUUUAGUUUGUAGUUUGCAGGUCAGCAGUGUCCUUAGGUCUCUCCCAUCGAUCGAAGCAACAGAGAGGAGAGGGGCAGGAUUCUGAGGUGAGGUAGAGAGAGGGAGAGAGAGAGAGGAGCCGAGAUUGAUCGCUACAACAAGAAUCAACUCAGCCACGACGGAAUAGCGCUACUAGAGACACGGCAUGGUCUGGGAAGGAAAUCUGACGCAGGGGACGAAGAAGGAGUGAAAGUGUUUCUGUUGCUGGAAGGACUUGUAUUUUUCUAUUGCAACUUAGUUUUUCCCUUUUCCUCUCCUUUCCUUUCCACCGCCCUAACGGAUCGCAUUCCGCGGAGCAGCUGCGCUUUAAUGCCCCUACGCACUCGAGGAGGAGUGGAAGGAGAGAAGAGCGAGGAAGAAGGAGAAGAGAGGGAGGGAGAAGGAGAGCAGAGGCCUGACUUCUCGGAAACCCCGCCGCCGCCGCCCCUCACGCCUCUCCCCCGUGGCUGACUGUCCCCUCUUCCCACCUGGCCCUGCAUGGACGGGGAUGGGGAGAGCCGGAUGUUGUUACCGCGGGGCUGAGCGCCUCGCAUCCCCGCCGAGGGUGCCCCGCCUGCGACCGUUGCUGCUGCUGCUCCUUGCUCUCUGCUACGGGGCUCACAGAGGUGGUAACUAGAUAACUUCGGAUGUUGUUCAUUCUCGGUAGCCUAAAUCGGGACCUAGUACCUUGUACGCGGAUAACUUCAGCUCGUGCGCUGCAAAUGUGCCAUAACAGUUAUAGGCUAAUAAAUAGUUAAUAACCAGUUAAUAAUGACAAAACUAAGAAUGUCCCACUGGACACAGAUGUCAAUUCAUCGUCUAUUCCACGUUGGUUCAAAAAACGUUGAUUCAACCAGUGUGUGCCCAGUGGGGUGGGAUUGGAAUUAGUCUUCCAUGUGGUUUAAGGGGUGCAAUAGUGUAUGUCCUAUAGGCCUGUGUGUGUUGUAGCCUAUGGGAGUGUAUUGGAAUUGGACCUCCUGUCCUCUGUGUUAUUGUUUGAUAGUGCCCUGUGUGUGUGUGAGUUAGAGAGGGGACUGAAACGGAAGUGUCUCUGAAGCGGAGGCCAGAGCAGCUGUGUAUUGUCCCACAGUCAGUCACAGUUAUCAGUAUGUUCAGACUAGACUCACUGCACAAAGACCUGUGUGAUCAGAAAGCACUGGAGACGUACAUGUGUUUGGCGUAGAGGUUUAAUCUCAAGAUUCAGCCUGAGAAUUAAAAUGUGUUUAGUUGUUCACUGUAUCUGUGGGUAACUCUUGUGUGUGUGUGUGUGAGAGAGAGAGAGAGAGAGAGAGAUAGAGAGAGAGAGAGAACAGUAAUCUCUGCAUCCAAGGGGUCUGGAUCCAUAAACACUUAGAGGUUCGGCCUGUGAAGCUUGAGGCUUGUCUGAUCAGUGGCUGGGAGGAGACAUGACUCCUGGACAGGGAGAGGGGUGGGCUAUGUUUUGACCUCUGCCCACAAUGGUGCUGAGUGGGGAUGAGGUUGGAUCUCUCACUAGAAGUUUGAAUGUGUCAUUCUGUAAAUACUGGGACAUAGAAAACACAUUUGUCCAUGUUGGAAGCCUGGGAGGGUCAGAUGAUAAGAUCUGCAGCAUGUGGGUGUGUGUGUGUGUGGCAUCCAGCUGUUAUUUGACUUCCUUAUUUCAGUAAAAAUCAGUGUGAGAUGGGACAGGUCGAGAUUGAUCCACCCAUAGAUACCUACCUACUGUAUGGCCACACUCCACGUGUUGGUUGGGCAAGCCAUCUCAUUAGAGAUUACUUUGUUGAUGCGCCACUCAGUUCCCCCGAGUGGCGCAGUGGUCUAAGGCACUGCAUCGCAGUGCUAGCUGUGCCACUAGAGAUCCUGGUUCGAAUCCAGGCUCUGUCGUAGCCGGCCGCGACCGGGAGACCCAUGGGGCGGCGCACAAUUGGCCCAGCGUCGUCCAGGGUAGGGGAGGGAAUGGCUGGCAGGGAUGUAGCUCAGUUGGUAGAGCAUGGCGUUUGCAACGCCAGGGUUGGGGGUUCGAUUCCCACGGGGGGCCAGUAUGAAAAUAUAAUUUUAAAAAAUAAUGUAUGCACUCACUAACUGUAAGUCGCUCUGGAUAAGAGCGUCUGCUAAAUGACUAAAAUGUAAAAUGUAAAAAAUAUGUGAAUAUUUUCAACUAAACAGAUUAAUUAAACAGAAUUCCGCUAAAACAACAGCAUGGGUAAGCUGAGCGAAUGUUUUUUUUUUGCUUGAAACGUUGAAAAUAGACUAGACUGUGUGAUAAGAGCAGUUGGACAUGUGUGUGUGUCUGGGCACCUUGACCUGUGAGAUAGGUGAGAGAUGACCUCUAACCCCAGAGAUUAGCCAAUAUGGAGCCUGAGAAGACUGAGAGUGCAGAGGGAUAUGGCUGUAUUAUCUCUGUAGUCUGAGAGUCACCUGCACCACAUAGACCCAUGGGGCGGCGCACAAUUAGCCAGCGUCGUCCAGGGUAGGGGAGGGAAUGGCCGGCAGGAUGUAGCUCAGUUGGUAGAGCAUGGCGUUUGCAAUGCCAGGGUUGUGGAUUCGUUUCCCACGGGGGGCCAGUAUGAAAAUGUAUGCACUCACUUAACUGUAAGUCGUUCUGGAUAAGAGCGUCUGCUAAAUGACUAAAAUGUAAAUGUAAAUAGUAAACUCAUCAGAGUCAUACUGUAAAAAGAGAGUUGGAUCCAGUCAAUUAUUUCUAAUUCUAUAUGUGGCUCUGGGUCUAGGCCUCUAAGGUGUCAGAAGCUGUGUGUGUUUGUGUGUAUGUGGCUGUGUGUUUGUUGAGGAGUAGUGUCAGUAUUUAACACACUGAAGGGAGAUUCUGAUCCAGAGUGUGAGUUGGAUGUGUUAUAUUGUGUACCCUCCCUCUAAUACUCAGCACACUACUGUCUCCACCUGGUAGGACCGGGUACUGACACACACACACACACACACACACACACACACACACACACAACCCUCUCACCACACAGCCCUGAGAGAGAGAGAGAGCAUUGACUUUCUGCAAACAUUCCUCUUCUUCUCUGUUACCCCUUCAUCUUAUGGUUGAGUGCAUUCACACCAGGAGAACCAUGGAUGUGUUUGCUUUACCUCUGUAUACACCAGGGGAACUAGGCCUAUUGUUAGCAUAAGUUCUGUGUGACGUGUGUGUGAAUGGGCCUAUGUUGUGUGUGUGUGUGUAUAUAUGUGUGUGUGUGUGUUUGCUGCAGGGGUUUGAACCAGAACAGAAAACCGAAAGUGAUCUCUAGUGGUUCGGAACAGAACUGUUAUAUUCAGAUCUUGAGAAACGGUAAAUAAUGUUAUUUUUUGUUCCAAAAAAUACUCCUAGUGUCUGGUAUAUCAUUCUGUAAAUCAUUGAAGUUAUGAUUAUAGUAAUAGUGUAAACACAUUCCAACCCAUCAUGAUGCUCAGUGCUUCAAGACAAACCCCCUCCAUGUCCACCACUUUCUCUCGCUCUCUCCCCACCCGUGGAAUUUCAAUCACAUCUCGCGCCUGCACUUAUCUGUCCAUCAAACAUGUAAACAACUAGCUUACCCGUUCCAUAGCAAGGUGCUGUAUCCAUGUAAAUUGGUGGGUGGUAAAUUAAUGAGCUAAAUGUAGAAACUAUGUUGAUUUCCUGGGGAACAAUGAACUAUAUGAACAGUUACUUUUAUUUGGUUCGAAACGGUUCAGAACUUUACAAUGCUGGUUGGAACACUGGAACGGUACAAAAUAAAUAGGGGUUCUGCUCAGAACGGAAUGAUUGGAAAAUAAUUUUGGUUCCAAACCCUGGUUUGCUGGUGUCUGUUAGUAAAUCAUGCCAUAAUCAGAUGAGCUCUGACAGUGUGUGUUGUUGGCAGCGGAAGCAGAGCCAGUAUUCUCUCAGAGAUAGUUAUGUGUGUGUGUGUUAGAGCCUCUGGUCUAAUCUAAUAGGAGCUCACUGUGGCUGAUGCAUUAGGCCUGGCCUCUCCUUCUCUUAUCUCUUCCUCUUCUCUCUCCCCCUCUUCUCUCAGCCUUAACAGGCCUCUAUUUUCCAAGCCUAGAUGAACUACUGCUGCAGUACAUUGACCAAAAUGCUGCACUACAUAGGAAAACAUUAUCGCUGGCUGAACCAUCUCUAUAUGGCCUUUACUGCUGUAUAGAUGUAAUCAGUGAAUCAUUCCAAAGUGUUUUCUUUUCCUCCAUUGGCUAGAGGCCUGGGGCAGAGGUCACUGCGGACUACAGCCUGACACCGAGAGCUCUGAAGAACUUCUAGAUCCAAGUGUUCGCUAACACACUGCGGUCUGUGGCCACCGCAGCUUUUAGCAGUUCCUCAUGAUGGUGUCUCUGAGCUCUUAAAAAUGCACUCUGGAUUUUUUUCCCCCAUGUGGGUGCAUUAUUUUGAGGCCAUAAACAUGGUGGUCUGGAGAAGGAAAAGCUUAAUCAGGCAGCAUAUAAUAUUAUGUAACAGUUAUCAGAUGUGGAUGUGUGUGAUCUGUUAUUCUUUCACUCUCUAUCUCAGUCCUAUCUGGCUCUGUGGGAAGGUCUGCAAGUCUGUCUCAGUCUAAUCUCUGGCUCUGUGGGAAGGUCUGCAAGUCUGUCUCAGUCUGAUCUCUGGCUCUGUGGGAAGGUCUGCAAGUCUGUCUCAGUCUGAUCUCUGGCUCUGUGGGAAGGUCUGCAAGUCUGUCUCAGUCUUAUCUCUGGCUCUGUGGGCAGGUCUGCAAGUCUGUCUUAGUCUUAUCUCUGGCUCUGUGGGAAGAUCUGCAAGUCUGUCUCAGUCUUAUCUCUGGCUCUGUGGGAAGGUCUGCAAGUCUGUCUCAGUCUUAUCUCUGGCUCUGUGGGAAGGUCUGCAAGUCUCGGUCUCAGUCUGAUCUCUGGCUCUGUGGGAAGGUCUGCAAGUCUGUCUCAGUCUUAUCUCUUGCUCUGUGGGAAGGUCUGCAAGUCUGUCUCAGUCUUAUCUCUGGCUCUGUGGGAAGGUCUGCAGGUCUCGGUCUCAGUCUGAUCUCUGGCUCUGGGGAAGGUCUGCAAGUCUGUCUCAGUCUUAUCUCUGGCUCUGUGGGAAGGUCUGCAAGUCUGUCUCAGUCUUAUCUCUGGCUCUGUGGGAAAGUCUGCAAGUCUGUCUCAGUCUUAUCUCUGGCUCUGUGGGAAGGUCUGCAAGUCUGUCUCACUCUUAUCUCUGGCUCUGUGGGAAGGUCUGCAAGUCUGUCUUAGUCUUAUCUCCGGCUCUGUGGGAAGGUCUGCAAGUCUGUCUCAGUCUUAUCUCUGGCUCUGUGGGAAGGUCUGCAAGUCUGUCUCAGUCUUAUCUCUGGCUCUGUGGGAAGGUCUGCAAGUCUCGGUCUCAGUCUGAUCUCUGGCUCUGUGGGAAGGUCUGCAAGUCUGUCUCAGUCUUAUCUCUGGCUCUGUGGGAAGGUCUGCAAGUCUGUCUCAGUCUUAUCUCUGGCUCUGUGGGAAGGUCUGCAAGUCUCGGUCUCAGUCUGAUCUCUGGCUCUGGGGAAGGUCUGCAAGUCUGUCUCAGUCUUAUCUCUGGCUCUGUGGGAAGGGAUGCAAGUCUGUCUUAGUCUUAUCUCUGGCUCUGUGGGAAGGUAUGCAAGUCUGUCUCAGUCUUAUCUCUGGCUCUGUGGGAAGGUCUGCAAGUCUGUCUCAGUCUUAUCUCUGGCUCUGUGGGAAGGUCUGCAAGUCUCGGUCUCAGUCUGAUCUCUGGCUCUGUGGGAAGGUCUGCAAGUCUGUCUCGGUCUUAUCUCUGGCUCUGUGGGAAGGUCUGCAAGUCUGUCUCAGUCUUAUCUCUGGCUCUGUGGGAAGGUCUGCAAGUCUCGGUCUCAGUCUGAUCUCUGGCUCUGGGGAAGGUCUGCAAGUCUGUCUCAGUCUUAUCUCUGGCUCUGUGGGAAGGUCUGCAAGUCUGUCUCAGUCUUAUCUCUGGCUCUGUGGGAAGGUCUGCAAGUCUGUCUCAGUCUUAUCUCUGGCUCUGUGGGAAGGUCUGCAAGUCUGUCUCACUCUUAUCUCUGGCUCUGUGGGAAGGCCUGCAAGUCUCUGUAUCAGUCUCAGUCUUAUCUCUGGCUCUGUGGGAAGGUCUGCAAGUCUGUCUCAGUCUUAUCUCUGGCUCUGUGGGAAGGUCUGCAAGUCUCUGUCUCAGUCUUAUCUCUGGCUCUGUGGGAAAGUCUGCAAGUCUCUGUCUCAGUCUCAGUCUUAUCUCUGGCUCUGUGGGAAGAUCUGCAAGUCUCUGUCUCAAUCUUAUCUCUUGCUCUGUGGGAAGGUCUGCAAGUCUCCGACUCAGUCUUAUCUCUGGCUCUGUGGGAAGGUCUGCAAGUCUCCGUCUCAGUCUUAUUCUGGCUCUGUGGGAAGGUCUGCAAGUCUCUGUCUCAGUCAUAUCUCUGGUUCUGUUGGAAGGUCUGCAAGUCUCUCUCAGGUCCUAUCCUGGCUCUGUGGGAAGGCCUGCAAGUCUCUCGUCUCAGUCUUAUCUCUGGCUCUGUGGGAAGGUCUGCAAGUCUCCGUCUCAGUCUUAUCCCUGGCUCUGUGGGAAGGUCUGCAAGUCUCUGGUCAUUAUCUCUCAGCGCUGCUCUUUGUUCUGGUUUGGAAAAGUCUGAAAUCGUUGUACUGUACUAUCUAACCCCUACGAAAGCACAACACGUCUCAGUCUCACACGACGAAACGCAACUCUCCAACUACCUGCUCUGUAUCAGUCUCGACUUAUCUGAUCUAAUCUGAGGUAGUAGUGUUGAGUUCGUUUAUUUGGGCCAUGGGAAAGGAUCAAGCUCCGUUCAUCUACCUACCUGUGGAAGCUGAAUCCUGUUGUGUCUAUUUCUGUGGGAAGGUUACUGCCAAGUCUUCCGUCUCAGUCUUAUCACUGGCUCUGUGGGAAGGUCGGCAAGUAUCUUGUCUUAGUCUCUCAGCGCUGCUCUUUUGUUCUGGUUAUUAAAAGUAAUAAAUCCGGUGUUACUGUACACCACACACACACACACACACCCACACACACACACACACACACACACCAACACACACACACAACAGCUGUUCUUUCGUCUGCUUUAUGUGGUUCUAAUUCUGGAAACAGCCCGGUCAGUAGUGUUGUGUGUGUUAAUUUGGGCCAUUAUAGCGAUCCAAGCCUUCCUUCAACACCCCUAACCAAACUCAUGACCCUGUGUGUGUGUUUGGUGUUGUGUUGUGUGUGUGGUGUGUGUGUGUGUUGUGUUUGUGUGUGUGGGUGUGUGUGUGUGUGUGUUUGGGUGUGUGUGUGUGUGUGUGUGUGUGUGUGUUUGUGUGUGUGUGUGUGUGUAUGAAAACGAGAGCUUCCCUGAAGAUGUAAUGUAUGUCAUACCAAUGCCAAAACCCCAUGACUAUGACCUUCUAUUUUAGCCACAUUUCAGCUGUACCACAUGUUCUCUAUAUGUCUUUGGUACCAGGAAUGAACAUUGAUAUUCUAUAUGACAUGAAUAGCCUGUCAAUAGAUAUGGUAUUACCACCCUACCAGGGCCACUGGCACUGUAUAAGUGCUGUAAUAAUAGAACUGUAAUAACAUUGUAGUUGUACUAUAGUACUGACUGUUAGUAUGUGUGUGUUUCUCCAGGUCAGUGCCAGGUGGCCACCCCUCAGUGUCGUAUCCAGAAGUGCACCACAGACUUUGUGUCCCUGACGUCUCACCUGACCCCAGCGCUGGAUGGCUUUGACGUAGAAUUCUGUAAGGCUCUGAGGGCCUACAGUGCCUGCACACAGAGGACAGCCAAGUCCUGCAGGGGCAACCUGGUCUUCCACUCUGCUGUCCUGGGUAUCUCAGACCUCAUGACCCAAAGAAACUGCUCCCGUGACGGGCCCACCUCCUCCACACACCCCGAGAUACAAUCAGAGCCCUGCAACUACCACAGCCGCACCCAGCACGCUCACACACACCCUCACACUCACACACACCCUCACACUCACACACACACUCACACGCAGCCGGGCUACCUGUUCUGCGGGCUGUUUGGGGACCCACACCUGCGGACGUUUGAGGACAGCUUCCAGACCUGCAAGGUGGAGGGGGCGUGGCCGCUCAUUGAUAAUGACUACUUGUCCGUGCAGGUGACCAACGUUCCAGUGGUAACUGGAUCCAGCGCCACGGCGACCAAUAAGGUGAAGGGAGAUCAUUACUGUAUAUUACUAUAUAUUGAAAGAAAAGCCUCUGCACUCUUGAAAAAUAACUCCUUCCUACAUACUUCAGAAAGGGUGCUAGUCCACAAAGUAGAAAGCAAUACACUUAUAGAUACAGGAAGAUUGUUUUGUUUUAAUAUAUAACAUAAAACAUGUAAAUGCCCUGAGGUACUCCUUCUGUAAGAUGUCUGAUAGAUGGAGGUUCUUACCCAGCUCUCCAUUGAAGCAGCAGUGUUGUGAGGAUGUAAUAUAGAAUGAAGUCUGGGACGGGAGAAAAGAGGUUGAGUUUGGCGUACAGAAUAAACAAACCAUUUGGUAUGAAGAGCUGUGCCUGUGCAGCUGAAGCCUGGCCUAGUUAGCGCCUUCUCUCUCUUUUUUAAACCUCUUUACGUAUUGCGUUUUGACUUUGCAGACUGCUAGACUUUUUUGUGUUUUAGUUUCAGAGUUCUAUAUUGAAUGGCUGGUGUGUGUGUGCGUUCCUGUGUGUGUGUAUGUAUAUAUUCACCUCUGAGCUGCUAUCGGUGUCUCAGAGAAAGAGCUCUUCUCAUUGAGGCAGAAAACACACACAGUCUCACACUCACAGGUGCGAGGAGAGCAGAGCAAACAGUUGAGUCUUGUGACCAACACUUGUGACUAACGUGGUGUUGGAAUCUUAACUUAACUAAUGGCUGCUUAUAGCAUGACCUCUAAUACCCUGGAAUGAGCGGCGCGUGAAAGGAACCACUGUCUGUGUGUCAGCAGAGGACCCAAGACCUUUCACACACAUAUGGCUUUAAGCAGGUUACUGUCGAGAGCGAAGGGCACCAUACCAUAAACGACAAAACACAUGCACACACACACACAACACAACACAGACACCUCAGACACAGGCUGAGAGUGUUUUUAGACGUCACUAAGUCAGUUCUGUUCCUCACAAAGGCAUCUCUGUGUUGGCCAAGCGGUUCCCUGCCUCACUUAGGGGAAUCUUAGACUGUGAGGAUGGGGUUAUUAAAACAGCUAAUAAUCGAUUCAGUAAAAUACAUUUAUAGUUUAUAUCAGGGAUCAUCAACUAGGUUAAACCACGGGCCGAUUCAUCCUUCUUGAACCUGUCUCCUCCCCUUCAUCUACACCGAUUGAAGUGGAUUUAACAAGUGACAUCAAUAAGGGAUCAUAGCUUUCACCUGGAUUCACCUGGUCAAUCUAUGUCAUUGAAAGAGCAGGUGUCCUUAAUGUAUUGUACACUCAGUGUAUAUUAGUAUUGUAUAUUAGUUGUCAGUGUGCAGUCAGUGUUCUCUUUGCUGCCAACAAUGGGGGUUUGCUGUGUUUGGAUUACAAGAUAAACUUAAUAAGAUAUUAUAAAGUGUCUGGCAAACCUGUUUUAACCUGUUUUAUACAAAUAUCAAAGUUAUUGUGUGCCUGGUCACUUUAUUAUGUUUUUGUGUGUCCAUAGAUCACCAUCAUAUUCAAGCCCUUUGAGGAGUGUACAGACCAGCGUGUGUACCAGGCAGUAACAGAUGACCUGCCCGCUGCCUUUGUAGACGGUACCGUGAGCAGCGGGGCCCCUGACCAUAACCUGAACGGAAAUAACGUUGACUCUACCGGGAAGGUACGAGCGCUGUGGAUCUCGGAGCAUAGCCCUGGUCGCCACGUGGAGCUGCAUGCUGGCUACAUCGGCGUGACGGUUAUCGUACGGCAGCUGGGGCGCUACCUGACCCUGGCGGUGCGCAUCCCGGAGGAGAUGGCCCAUGCCUACGACGCUACGCAGGACCUGCAGCUCUGCCUGAAUGGAUGUCCCACCUCGGAACGCAUCGACCGGGGGGGUCACCUGUCCCUGCCUCUCCCUCUACCACAUCUAGCCCUGGGCUUACAGCUCCAGCAGCCACAAGGCGAGGGCCAGCCCUCACACACACACUCCCACACGGCUCCCUACAGCGCCCCCCAGGGGUUCAGUGUGGAGGAUGCGCGGGCACGCUGCAGGGAGCAGCUUGAAGUGCAGGAUAUUUAUUUCCACUCGUGUGUGUUUGACCUCCUGACCACCGGGGAUGCUAACUUUACGGCAGCAGCGUUCAGCGCCCUGAAGGACAUGGAGAGUCUCCACCCCCACCGCGAGCGCUGGACGAUCUACCCACCCAGCUCAGCCCACACCUCUCAGCCUAUCACAUGGCUCCUACUGCUCACACUCUGUAUAGCGUGUUUUUGUGUGUGUGUGUAA